UGACUGAUGAUCACAUGAGAUUCUCUCUUGUGGGAAUCGCUAUUUUAGAACAAUUAUCAGAAAUUCUUCGUUUUAUCCUUUCGGCAAACGUCCCUCCACAUGAUCUUGAAAAUGAAAUAAGAAGAUCCACAUAUGCCUUUAAAUUCAAUGCAGAGCAAUGGAAACGUAUUAAAAACGCUACUAUUUCAGGAUAUUCAGAAUUUGAUAUAACAUUAUCAUAUACAUUAAUUCGGAAUGUCUGUAUAAAAGUAACAAAACCCACAAAUGGAUGGGGUGUACACACCCUACCAAACACGAGUGAAACAACUACAGGCGAUGAUGUGGAAAGAAUAAGAAUCAUACGUAAUGAAAUCUUUGGACACAACAAUUGUGCAGCAAUAUCUGAGAGUGAAUUUACAAAGUAUUGGAAAAUUAUAUCAGACUUGUGUAAACGAAUGGAAAGUACGACUGGAAUUAAUUUUUCUCAAAAGCUGCAAUCUUUGCAAAAUUGUAUUUUGGACAAAGAGUUGUAUGAGAAAUACCAGAAAGCAUUGGAAGAAGCCUGCUUUGUUUCCCGCCAAAUCACAGAAUUAAAAGAAAUUCUCACGGAUAUUCGCACAGACUUAAACGUAACCAAAGUCAGGCAAAAUCAACCUGAGCCUGGCAAUAACGACAAAUGUUCCUCUCCUUCCCGAAAACAUGAUUGUAUGGAAGUUCGGACUCUGUCUUCUGGCUUUCUUGAGGAUGCGAUGGAUUUGUCAGCAUUUGGUGACUCGUUAGAUCAUCUACCGAAAAUACCACUUUAUUUGAGACAGUUAUUAGACAAUGACAACACUUUCCACGAAACAGAGGAAUUCUCUACGUCGUAUAAUUAUCUCCUAAAAUUUGGCUCCGUUGCCAUCGUUGGUCCAAAAGGAAGUGGAAAAUCUUCGAUUGCAAUAAAAAUUCUGAAAAAUCUAGACAGAACCGUUCUGAAUGGGAAAACUUGUGUGUCUAGAUUUACGUUUUCUGUAGAAGGAAUUGAAGAUAUUAGUGGAGAACAAUGUAUUACUAUUUUAUACCUAUGUGAUGUCUUGGAAGACAUAAACUUUCAACCAACCCACUUUAAAAAAGUCAUUUCUGCUUUUAACGAACUCUACCAUAGUUAUAUAUCAAAAGGAUCUAUGUUUGUUGUGAUGACUGUAACGGAAGGAAGCUGGGAGAAAUAUUUAGAGCUAGAACGAACCUAUCCGUUCAAAUGCAUGCUAUUUCCUCAUAGCAGAUGUGUUCAAAUGGGAAUAACUGAAAAACAUUCUAUAGAGGUUCUCCGCAAUCAUUUACUAAACCAGGGUUUUAAAAUCAUCAAUGCCAAUUCAAAAAGCAAUUCAACUCAGUCAAACGUAAAACGUUGUGAAUGGGAGUUAAGUGAUGAAUAUAUGAGUUUGCUUGCUCCCGAGUUGGCUGAUGUUGCAAAGAAAGAGGGAAUUGGUUUUCAUACGAUAUGUCAAAUGAUAUCACUAAACAAAAAAUUAUUUGAGAAGAGAAGAGAUAUAUUAUACAAUGGGUUUUUUGAAACUUUUCGGAAAUUGCUGUUUGAAAUGAGAUCUUCAUGGGAUUCAAGACAGCAAGACGCCUUUUGUAUUUUAGUUUUUAUAGUUUUUAAUGGAGGAAUAGUUUUUCUUAACCAGUUUGUGGAGAAAACUUUACUUUAUGAAAAUAUUUGUCGUUUUUUUUCCAACGCACCACGAUCGGUUAAAGAAAUUGAAACUUUACUUGACUGUGAAAUGAAAAGCUUUGUGUAUACUUUACAUGGUCAUUGCUAUGCACUUCAAAAUAACGUACUAGUGGAUGUUAUUUUGUCUGUUUGCACAAAGGACAAAAAAUCUCAAGCAUUUUUUGUUGCAAAUUGUUGUUGGACCCUUCUAUUCUCCCGGGUACGUCGGCAAAGUUGUAGAGAAAGUUUGCCUUUUGUUGUAAAGGUACAUCCAGCUAUAUAUCCUUGUCUCGUACAGCGAUUUGUGUCUGAGGUAAACAGGGAGACAACAAUGUUGACCAUGAUAUGUGAUCAUGUGAUUAUGGAGUCUGAACAUUUUAAAUAUCUGUGGAAGAAACAGUUUGAAUGGAGUCAAUUUUUAGAUAAAAGAAAAGAAGAAAAUCAUGAAGAUUAUUUCUCCAGCGGUGAAUAUGAAAUUGAAGGGUUAUCAUUUGAUAUGGAAUGGUUUCUUUAGAGCAACAACUA